AGCCUGAGUGCUCCUACACAGUUUUUAAGUCCUGUGACCAUGAGAAAAAGGUGUGGAAGAGAGUUUCUAGACUCUUGAGAUGAGUUCUUCCCUCCCCAGCCCCCAACAGAUAAAUAUUAUACACACGCAGACAUAUAUUUUAAUGCUUGGUUGAAUUCUCAAGCAAUUAGUUUCAUUUUUGGUUUUUAUGUCUGGACAUGAAUGACCCAUUCUGUGUGCAGUUUUUUCAUUUGGGGUCUCAGUAAUGCCUUGUAUUUUAACUUACCUUUUACAAAGCUCAUCCAAUGUACACAUUUCUGAUCUUGGUGGAAUUGGAUUUAUCUUUGCCACUGACCUAUGUCAGCAACGAUGCUCCCAUCUUGCCCUGAGAGGAGGGCAGAUUGUUUAUUUUUUUUUAAUCAUUAGCCCAACUAUGUGCAUCUUUUCAUUUGGUAUUUAGUCAUGUUGUACCAUUUGUCCCAUUUUUUUCUUUAAUUCACCUUUCUUCAUUAUACUUCUUUCUUAGUGGUGGUGUCACUUACACUUCUGGGUAAUUAUUAAGGUCUAUCAGUAAUCUACUUAUUGUGGUUAAGGCCACUAAUGAAGGUAUUAAAUAAAAUGGUCACAAGACUAGUGCCAAGGAAUGCCAAGGAUGCAUACCACUCUGGUUUGCUACUGCUGCUUUCAGCAUGCAAGCAGUUGUCAUCUUGUCUUGUAUUUAGCUCCCCUUUCACUUUCCUGUUCUUCUGUUAGUCCUUAUCUUUCUCUGGUUUGGCUAAUGGCAUUUUUCACUGUAGUCUGAGAGAUGAGCUUUGCUGAAUUUUUUAUGUCUACAGGAUCAGUGGUCAUACAGCGAGAGAGUCCUGACCCAUCUUUUGUAGAUUUGUGCCAUGUUUCACCAUGUUUGCUUAAUUUUAUUUAUUUACCUCUGGAGAUGUGAUUAUUUUCCAACAUCUUCUAACAUGUUGAAAAGUGUAUGUAGUACUAGGUCAGCUGCAUAGUCCAUAGCUGUCAUUUUUCCCCUCCUCUUUCCCAGAUAUUUAACAGUUGGGAAGUAUACUGUAAUGGAUACAGUUAUGUGGAACCCUUCUAUUGCCAUCCUGUGAUUUCAUAUGCCAUGCUUUGGUUAAUUGGAUUUUGUUUUUUUUAUUAUAAGUGUAUAUAUAAUAAGUUAUUUGUAAGUGUCCAAUUAUAGAAGAGGGAUGCCUUCCCCUGACCUCAGCAUGUUGUGCUCUUCAGAGGCAGCUGACAUCUGUGCCAUUCAGCCAGGCUUCUCUGGUCAGGCACGUUUCAGGCACAAUUCCUCUUGUCCUAGUAUAGGAAUCUAAAGCAAGCUAGAUGAAUUUGAAACCUCAAGGUAUUUGACCACUUUUAGAGGCUUAAAAUGUAGUUAGUGUUGAAACUUAGGUGAGAUAAUCUCACUCUCCGACUUCUGGUUUUGACUGGUGGUACCCACUGAUAUCUCUGUUCCUGCCUUUGAUGCUGCCUUUGCUCCCAGUCAGCAUCGUUAUUCUUGCUGAAAAUGGAAGCAAAAUAUGAGAAUAAAAUUUGGCACUGUUCCUGUUUUUAAUAUAAACCUUCACUUACUGAACAGAGGUUCUGUAUUCAUCUUCCUUUCUUUAUGUACUUCCUAAAUUUCACUAUUUCGUAUGUAUGUAGGAAAUGUUAAGACUCUAUUACAUUCAAAUCCUUGAGCUUUUCACAGCUCAGCUGUCUUUGCUAAUUACUUCCCUUAAUUUAUCAAUUCGUCAUCCUGAGAUCAUGAAAAAUGCUUGGCUGUACUCCCUUUCAUCCCGUAAUUUAAGCUUAACCAGCUUGGUCAAGUAUUUCUAUUAGCAAAUUUCAUGUUAGCUUUUCCUGCUCAGGAAUACCUGGCCCAUACCCUCAGAACUAGUGUUUGUUCUCCUGAGUCUUGUGAGCAAAUCUCUCCUAAUUAUACAGUUUUGUUUCCCAUUAAUAUCUGGCUACAGCUAAAUAAUACUGCGAGAUUGUCAAACCUCAGCACUGCAGCAGCAGGACUUGUUGUCACUCUUGUUUAAUGGAAAAUUGACCCCAAACGUUCUGUGUGGUUCUCCAUACAUUUUGGGCAGGUACUAUGUUGGAAGACAGGUCACCUGGAAAAGAUGUUGGGAGAAAGCAAAAGCAGAGAGGCCUCACAGUGGCUGAAAAGCAUGAACUCUUGGCCAUUAACUACUGUGGUCACAUCCUCCAUGCCAGGGAGUUUUCUGAAGCAAUGUGUGAGCCCUGCUAUGUUCCUCUUCCUCAUGUUAGAGUCUCUCUUGUGUCCCAGCCACUUUCUCCUGGCUCCACCUUCUGCUCCUUUGUCCCAUGUCUUCCUAGCAGUGCAGUGUGUGGGAAGGUGACCCGUGAUGGCUGUGAUCUUCAGCCAUGGUCAUCUUCCUCAGUUUUUAAAAUCCAGGGCUGCUUUAUCUUUGUGAACAUAUAUGUUCAUUUCAAAAUGCCAUUAAAUUCAUCAUUAGGAGGAACAGCUCCAUCAUUUUGUCUCACUGGGACCCAUGGUUUCAAGCUGAAGUAAUGUAUUGUAAUUGAAAGGCAACUUCAUUCUCCCAUAAACAAUACUCUCUAGAACAGGAUGGACAGGAAUAUUGCAAUCUUUCCCAGUCUCUCUUCUGAUUUCUGCUCCUGCAGCUUAAGUAUAUGAUGUAGAUCAGCCUGAGCAUGGCUUCUCCUUAUUUAAACAUAUUUAAACAUAGCCUUACCUAUUUUUAUUUUCCCUUUAGAUGCUCUCUUAAAGCUGUUUUUUAUCCCUGUUGUAUUUCAGUGCAUUUCCUCCACCUCUGUUUUGUGCUGUUGUGUGAACGUUUGCUAGGCACACAGUACUCAUGAGCAAUGUUCCAGAGUGUGUUUGGAUGAAAGAGCACACUUUGAAAGUAAUGUGUUUCAAUUUUGUUUCAUUUUUUUCAGAGCAAAUCUUAAUUGCCUUGGGCAGGGGGCAAAUAAGCAUGAGAACUUUCUACCCUGCCAGUUACUGCUCUUGCCACAUGUAGUUAAAUUCUGUAAACACAACAAAGACCACAUAAAUUCAGCAAAAUGAUGAGCAGGCUGGAUUAAGUGUGUGCUGGGUGAUACCUGAGUUCACCUUCAACUCUGCAUCAUCCAGAGCCUUUUUAGGGUGGAAAAUACCCCCAGAAAACCAGAUACUCUCAUGCUGGUUAUUCACAGAGAAGGCUGGCAGAGGCCUGGCUGUGCCCCAUGCUUAACCAGCUGGGAGCUUUGUUUAGAGGAGGAUCACAGCAGACACUGGUGAUCUCCCAGUGAUGCAGCUCUGCACCCAGGAGCACCUUCUGUCAGUGCUGGUUGACAAGGAUGGCUGAGGAAUUGUCCUGAAGCUGAGCCUGAGCUGUGUGGUGCGAGUCCAGACCUGGGUUUCCUCAGCCCUAAGGAUAAAGGAUGGUAGCCACACUUCCUGGUGUAUGUUUCUGUGCAGAUCAGCUUUUCUACUUACUAAUCUCACUGCCAAAAGGAGGAAAGUUAUGCAGUGCUUGUUUACAUGGGUCCAAGAGAAACAUUCAGAAGUACACUUUUCCUUCGUUUUAACUUUGUCUGUAUCCAGUAGUUACUAAAAAAAUAAAAUAAAUAUUUGCAGUGAUGUCCAAUCUUGAUGUUUUGAAUGUUUAUCCAGCGCUAUAAUUAAGCACCAAAAGCUUCAGAGAGCUGUCCCCACAGCCCUCCCCUUGCUUAUUCAGGCUGUGCUGCCUGCAGGGCUGCAGUAUUUCUGUGUUCUGGGUUAACUUGGGCAUUCACUGAGGAUGGCAUUUCCCUUCCAUUCCUUCUGCAGUGCCUGCUCUCCCACAUGAUUGAUUAAUAGAGCUGUCAGCUCGCUAAUGGGACUAGAGCUGACCCAGUUCACUGAAGGAAACAUUAAAAACCUUCCUUGUGAAGUCUUCCUGGUCUUUCUGGAUCUCAUUUGCCAGUUCAGAAGUUUUAAGUUUAGAAAGGAAACCAGACGUUUUCUGAAUCAAUCUAUAAUUUUCCCAUACCUUCUUCUUCCAUUGGGAUCACCUAUAGAGUCUUUUAAUCAGCUCUAUGUGAACAUUUUUUUUGACAGGUACAGAAAAUAAAGCAAAGCAGUCUUAGCAGCAGGUUAUACCUACUGUGAAUUCUACUCAGGAUCUUGUUUUUCUAUAACUUUUCUUCUUCGGAGCACUAAUCCCCCUGUGUCACACAUUUUCUGUUCAACUUUUCUCCUCUGCUAAUCUCUGGAUUUGUUCUGCUGCCCUUCCUAAUCCACAAGGGUAUUUAUGACCUCAGAAGAAACCCUUGGCAAGAGGCUUUUUUUGGAUUUGAGUAACAUUGAUUAUUCUUCCUGCAGUGCUGAAAAUCAACAGUUGCCUUUCAGACCGUCCGUGGACAGGGCUGAGCUGCUUAACCACUUGCUGACUAAAGUCUGCUUACUGUAGUUCUGCCCUAAUGGGACAUGAGCUUGCAGUGUAGUAUUAUGCUCAUAAACGGCUGUUUCUGCAUCUUUGCAAGUUCUGGAAAGAACUUUCUGCAAGUGCCAAAAUAUUGUACCUAAAAGGAGGAGAUAAGCCAAGCCGAGGUUUAUUUUCCUUUCUUGAUAUUUUUUUUUCCUUUGCAGGGCUCCAAAUCAAAAACGAUGUGGUUACAAGGUUAUAUACUUGGUUAAAAACAAAAUGAAGAAAAAAAAAAUGCUUUUCUGGAAAGCAAAUUUGUACUGUGAAGAGCUCUAUCCAUAGACCAAGCAUGAUACUUCUGUUAGACGGUGAAGGGAUGAACUUUGGUGCUAAUGGGGACAAACAUUGGUGCUAAUAGGAGAGUAAUGCUCAGCUGAGGUUCAUAGAGCAGGGUCAGAGCAUUGAGGAGGGAGAAAGGAGUCACUUUUCCCAGUGUUCUGCAGGCUGAGGAGAAGCCAUGACUCUGUCACUUGUAUUGCACAGCUCAGGGCAGCACUUGCUGGCUGCUUGCCCCUGUGGGAAGGAUGCCAAGGAAUCUGCAGGGAGGAGAUGCUGUUAUCCUGGUGAGCUGAGUGACUGCCUUGAAUCACAGAAUCGUAGGAUGGCUUGGGUUGAAAGGGACUUUAAAGACCAUUCAGUUCCAAUGCUCUGGCAUGGAUAGGGACAUCUUGUGCUAGAUCAGGCUACCCAGGGUCCCAGCCAGGCUGGCCUUGGAUGUGUGAAUAUUGUUGAUUUUACAUAAUCCAUAAAUGAUGUCCAUGUAUGUUAGUACUUGCAGUGUAAAAUAAUAAUUAAAAAAAAGCUCUGAGAUUUCACUGCCUCUCUUAAUCUAGAGUGCAGUUUCUGUCUUCCCAGACUUCCCCGAGGCCAUACCUGUCUCCAGGGCAGCGGCAGUGUCUGUCUCCUGGAAACGUGCAGAGCUCUUGCACCUACUCUCUGGCAACUUGUGUCAAACAGAAUGCAAAGGAACCGACUCUGGCAUCAGUGACAGAAAAUGCAGAGAAACCAUCUGCUAAACCUGGAAUCUUCUCCUCUGGUGUUAGCAUUUCAGUAUCUGAGAAAAUGGGAACCCAGCAGGGUUCAUAGCUUACUCUACGCUGCUCCUCACCUUCAGGUGCAUCCUGCUGCUUGGGAUGGAGCUGGCAGCUGGGGCUAUGAACAGCAGGCCUCAGUGGGGGGGCUGCUGCCCUUUCCUUCUGGGGUACUCUGAGAACCAAGCUGGGCAGAGCAGCAGCAGGCAGCCUGCAGAGUUAACAUUCUGCAGUGACAAAAAGCUUGACCUUACCAAACCCAUUGAAGACCAGGGCCCUUUGGAUGUGAUCAUACAUAAACUGACAGAUGUCAUCCUCGAAGCAGACCAGAAUGACAGCCAGUCUCUGGAGUUGGUACAGAGGUUCCAGGAGUAUAUUGAUGCUCAUCCAGAAACCAUUAUCUUGGACCCUCUUCCAGCUAUUCGUACGCUUCUGGACCGAUCCAAGUCUUAUGAGCUCAUUCGGCAAAUAGAGGCAUACAUGCAAGAUGAGAGGAUCUGUUCACCACCCUUUAUGGAGUUGACAAGUGCCUGUGGAGAAGAUACCUUGCAGCUUAUAGAGAAGAAUGGACUGGCAUUCCCAUUCAUUUGUAAAACCAGAGUGGCCCAUGGAACCAACUCUCAUGAGAUGGCGAUCAUCUUCAACCAGGAGGGUCUGAAAGCUGUCCGCCCCCCUUGCGUCAUUCAGAGCUUCAUCAACCACAAUGCUGUGCUGUAUAAAGUGUUUGUAGUUGGGGAAUCCUACACAGUGGUGAAAAGACCAUCUUUAAAGAACUUCUCUGCUGGAAUCUCAGACAGAGAAUCGAUAUUCUUCAACAGCCACAAUGUCUCAAAGCCAGAAUCAUCAUCUGUCUUAACAGCGCUGGAUAAAAUCGAAGGGGUGUUUGAGCGGCCAGAUGAUGAUGUCAUCCGGGAAAUCUCUAAGGCACUGCGGCAAGCUCUGGGAGUUUCCCUCUUUGGAAUCGAUAUCAUCAUUAACAAUCAGACCGGGCAGCAUGCAGUCAUUGAUAUAAAUGCAUUCCCAGGUUAUGAGGGCGUUUCUGAGUUUUUCACAGAUCUCCUGAACCACAUAGCUGCUGUCCUGCAGGGUCAGGCACCCGAGGUGACCCAGCUAAACCGCAGCAAGCUGCUGGCUGAGCAGACCGGCGGGAUCAUGGACGAGCGGAUAUGCUGCGCGAGCACGGGCUGUAUCAGCGUCAUGGGAAAAGACUCCUCCUGGAUUGUGGAAAGCGAGACCAACAGCUCAGUAAAACUGCAACACCAGAGACUAGGCUGCAACUCAGCAGUGUCCCCCAGCUUCCAGCAGCACUGCGUCGCCACGUUGGCCACAAAAGCUUCUUCCCAGUAACUUGCCAAUGCCAUGGACUGAGGAAAAAAGCCGCAGGGAUACAAGUUGUGGUCCCAGAACCAGAUCAGGCUGUAAUAAUAUAACUGCAAAAAAAAAACAACAACAACAAAAAAAACACAAUACAAAAAAAAAAAAAAGCAAAAUAACAAAAAAAAACCCACCUUCCAUUUGAUUUAACCUGAUUUGCUGAUGAAAUGGUCUGAAAAGGGCAGGGUGAGAAAGCGAUUCAGCUCCACUUCAUCAGAAUCCAAUUGUAAAUCUAUAGUAAGUUUACACACACGCGUGGGAUUUAACACUAGACCUUUCAUUGUGGGAGGGUUGCUCUUUUGUUUCUAUUGUUCUUUGUAAUCACUGGUGACCAGCAUUUUAAAAUCGGACCUCAUGGUAUCAAGGAGAUAAUAAUGUUGAAAUGCAAUGUAUGAAUGUAACAGUGCUAGAGAUUUUUGCCUAAAAUACUCCCGUUCCUUUUUCCAGGUAGGCCAUUGCAAAAGAAAGCUCAGACAACUUCAGUAUCGCUAAACCAAAUCUCUUGCAGCAUUGUCAGGGUGUUGACAGAGAGCUUUCUGUGAGCCACAGCACUUUGAUGGGACCGAGCAGGCCUGUUGUUAAGGGCUCAGUACAGAGCAGCUGCCCCAGUUCCUGCUUCACAGCUUUACCCCAGGCCUCCUUGCUUCAGUCACCAGCAGCUUCUGGCUACACUUGCCAACAGCGAAAUGUGUCUGAUCCAGGCAGAUCAGAGGCUGAAAAAGGGGUGCAGGUAGUUAAGUUGAGUGAUUUAGUUGAUGAAAUAACAUUCUUUCCAUCAUCUUCUAGAAGAGCAGCUCAUCAUCAGCUAGAAGAGCAGAGAAUUUAAUUCUCCCUAUGUUGCACUUGUGAGGAUUCUGGGACAGCUCUGCCAAAAGGCUGCCAACCAGAACCACGCGUUCUCCUUACAGCAGUACAGCUGAUCUGGGUGUAACGCAGUUGCUGCCUUCCACAGAUCCACAGUGCUGCACUUCUUCUUCUUUUGCAAAUGCAAUGUAAGCAGAAUGAGCACCUUUGUGUGAGACAGCAGUAUGUGGCAGUUCUAUCUGGCAUAUCGUGCUCCAGGAUGCCAGGUGAGGCUGUCAGGUGGGCGGCACGGUAAUUUGCAGUGGUGCUUCACACUAUUUGUAAGCGAUAGCGCAGCCACAUUCUGUCUCUUGAGAUGUGCAGUAAACCUACAGUGUUCACCUGCUGUUGCAUCUUCUAGCAUGGCAGCAUCUUUUGCUGUUGAGCGUUCCUGCAGCUUUUGCCAAUUCUGAACACUAAACUGGAAUUACCCAACUCUAUCAGUGCUGAGAACAUAGACACUAUUUUGCUUGACUGAGUGGCCUUCUCUUUCCCAUACGAGCCCUAAAAUAUAUUGAAGAGGCGUGGUGGUAAGAAUAUGUCCUUAGUUCAGCUCCUAGCUUGCAGGUAUGGCAGUCUCCAGCUUUUUAUUGUGGGAUUUUGUAGGGCACCCAUCACUGCAGCAUAUAAAGCUAGUUUGUUAGUAUUCUGUAUUAGAUCAAAAGGAAAUGCAUUACCACUCAAAAGGAAAUGAUCUAGAGCUUAAAGCUUGGGCAGACCAUGGAGAGAGCAGUAAACUGUAGGAAGUGUCACCAUCCUAACCUGUUGGUACCGGUCCUGGAGGAGAGGGCAUUCUGAAGAGCGUUGUGUAGCAGUUAUUUUAUGCAAGCUCUUUUUUCUCUGGGAGGGAUAGGGUUUGUUCCCCAAGUGCCAUCGUAGGGAAAUUUCUGUAGCUGGGUUUGCAUUUCUGAGGACAGUCUAUACAAGAGGGGAGGUCCUCGUGAGUGUGGUAUCCAUAGAAUUCCUGGGUGCACAUAAAUACAGCCAACUUCCUGUCCUGUUGCAGACCAGCUCUGAGCUGGGCUCCCUUUGCAAUCCCUGUAUGCUUCAAGGCUGCUGAACCCCACAUUGAGUGCAGCUUGCAGGGCUGGGUCGUAGUGGUGUGAGUGAGUCGGAUGUACAUAGGUGUGGGUUUAUACGAGUAUUCAUGAUAGACCAAACCUUUCAUAAAGCCGUGACUGAAAUAAAAUUGACAUCUACAGUUUCGGGUUUGUUUUUGUUUGUUGAAAAUAAAAAGUGUUUUUAUGUUACGUGUGUAACAAAAGAUACCCUCAGGAAGGAAUUUGCCAGUGCUUAUUUUUGUAUGGUACUUUCUUGUAACCAGCUGGUGGAGUGUUUGUAGACUUGCCUUUUGCUCCUUUUAUUAUGGCUUGGGGUUGUUUUGUUUUGAUUUGUUUUGCGUUUAAUUUGGUGGUGGGGAAGAAGCGAUGAUGUUAGAGCUGGGUUAGUAACUCAAGACCUUUCAAACUAAGUAUGUUUACAUGAAUCUGAGUGUCGGAUCCAAUUGAAAUGUCUGUAUGCUGUUUCCUAGUUAGAACAUCAAAUGAGAAUUUUAUUUUCCUGGCUGCCUUCUGAAUUUUGGUUGGCCUAUUUUGCACUGCUUUAUUUCUCCAAAAUAAACUACUGAAAUAUAAUUGUGCAUUUUAAACUUGUUUACAAAUGAUUGUUAAAAGUUUAUUUUGUAAUUCUCUGAAGGCUUACAGAAAUGCUAUAUUUAAAUAUUACUCCAGACCUUGGCUGUAACUAGAGAAGAAGUUUUAGGUCAUUGGUGUGAUCAGUGACAUUUUUCCCAUAGUCUGUAAUUUAUUUCUUAUUUAUCAAAUGUAUCUGUAUCACUUUAAUUUACCAGGUGCAGAUAUGCAAGUACCUGUUGUGAUGUGGCAUUACAAUAGAGUUUUCUCAUCAAUUACCAUGCGAUUGCUGUAUUGCUAUAUUUCCUCGCAGAAAUUAUUGUUGUGGCUCAUAUAUAUUAGAGUGCCGCCCAACUACAUGGGCCGAUCAGGAGACCAGUUUUUAAAAGCCAAAACUGUAGAUUACCAAGUGUCCAGGCAUACAAUUACAUUACUGCAAAACAUUCGAGCACACGUAUGUUAUGAAGCCUGUGCUAAAGUGCUUUUCCGAAUUGUUGCCUCAUUUGAUAAGUUUAGGAUAGCUUUGAUUUCUGAUAAGCUUCACAGUAAUUUAGUUCUUGUUCUGUAGUCUUUUCCUUUUUUUUUUUUUUUUUUUUUGUUUCAAAGUAAGGAAAUGUAGUACUGUUAGACCAUACCAUAAUACCCUCGCUCUUAAAAUUGCAGACAAUCUGAGGGAGAUUUUCCAUAACGUCUUGUCUGAAUUCUGUUCUUGUGGGUUAGAAAAGGUUCUGCUGUGUUUUCAGAGGCGUAGCUAUUGCUGCUGAGUAGGUUGGAGCAAUUAAGUUAAAAUGAUGUGGUCACCAGUUAGCUUCUUAUGGAACUGCUUCUGUUCUGCUUCACUGUUAUCAGUCCACAAGAACACCAUUAGCUUGGCUGGGAUGUCCUGCAGGUUUUGUGUCAGCGUGAUGGAGGAGAUUUGACUGUGAUUUCUGCUAUAAUUAUGUAGCUGACUUCAGUAGAUGAAGAUUAUCCCCUGUUGAAGAGAACUUGAAUGGUAUUAUUAGUGCAUGUAAUGCAAAACCAUCACCAUCAUCCUCUCCCUCUAGCUGGCGUUGCCAUGUUACAUUGGGUUUGCAGUGGCUGCAUCAGGACAUUUGGGUCAUACAGAAAACCCAGUGCAGAAGUGCAGCCUGACCACGUGUGCCGGCGCUGACACCCUUAGCCUGCAGCUGUUCUGCCUUUGGUAACCACGUGUCUUGCUCUUCCAGAGCUAUUCACACCAUUGGGAUGAGUAAUUUGCUUAGAGAUCCCCAUUUGGAACGUGUCAGUGUUUGUACAGAGGAAUCUGCAACAACUUGCUCAAGUAAGAACCAUCGGCUUCAUUUGCUGUCCUCAUAGAUGGGUACGAACCAAGAGCCUCACCCUGGGGCCCGGGGAGAGGAGGGAAGUAAGGUGGAGGGCUGAUGUUCAUCAGCCAGCUGUGGGCUGUGCCUGGUCAAAGAGCGAUCGCAUGGAGCAGUGCAUGUAUGGGAGUGGUGGGGCACAGCCUAAGGGCAACUGAAUGCAGGUGGCCAAAGGUGCUUGAAUUGACUGACAAAAAGAAAGAGCAAAACAAAGGAAAAUGGAAACUUCUGUUUCCAUCCAAUAAAAAGAAAUUCCAGGCUUAGCAGCAAUUCAGCUAAUGUGGGUUCCCCAAAGUCUUGGUGUGGCAGCAGUGACCAUAGGUCGGGCUUUUCACACUCGCUUGCAGCCUUACCUUCCAGAGUGGUGCAGAAAAUCUUAGGUUUGGGUUCGUUAGUGAAUAGAGUUUAUUUUGAGUUUGUAGCAGUCUCCUCAUGUGCAUACCACAGGAGUUCAUUUGCAUUACUCUGCUAAUUUUCAUUCCCUCCCUCCUUCUGGUCAGAGAUGUAUUGAUUUUUGUAUUCAGUAUACAAUUACUUUAUGGUGUUGCAGCUGUGUGUUUCGUAAUAACAGGAUGUGAAAAUGCUUUGUGUAGAUUCAAAUAUUUCCUUUAAUAUAAUCUCCUCUCGCUUUCAUGUGUGACACACGCAUUGCUGAUUUUAUUUGUAAUAUUGCUUUAAUACCUAUUUCAGAGGAAUGUAACCUCCAGAAAAGUACUUUCCACAUCUUCACUACCUUUCCUUUCCCUAUUCACUCUGUGUGGACCCAAGCCAUCAAAAGUUGAGCUUUUGACAGAGUGGGUUUCACGUCCUUUGUGGAUGCUGUUAUGUUUACAUGGCCACACUAAUUGCUAAAGUCUGUUGAAGUUUGAGAGGAUCCAGGUGUGUGGAUGAAAGUGUUAGGAUGGUAAUUCCUCAGCAACACAGGCAUGAUAGCAUCUGUAGCAACCACAGGCUCCAAAGUGUUCUUGCUGUGUGUACAGGGAACUCUCGGGGUCUGGUCCAUCCCUACUGGUAAUGCAGUUUCCCUGUGGAAGAAAAAAAUCACUGUAAGAAAAUGUACUCUGUGGUGAAGAAGAGGGGUGAGAAGAGGUAGGUGAGGACUGGGGAUAAAGUCCUGGCCAGGGGACACUGUGAUACCAAUGGGCCAGGAGUUGGCUCCAUUAUUUUUUAUAGCAAUCUUGGGAGAUGUUUUCUCUCCGCCUUUCUCACCCUGAAUCCACUGGGGCUGAUGCCAGCAGUUGUCCAUGGGCCAUGAGCUCAGCAGACAGUGGCCUUGUCCAGCGUGCCUGGAGUUUGCAGGGGGCUCCUGAGCAUUAUGAAGUUCUGAUUGAUGGCCUGGAAAUCUCUUCAAACUCUAGAAAUAGCUGGAACAGUGAAUGGAGCUGGUGAAAUUCAGGUCUUCCUCUUCCAUCCUUUUUAAAGAAACCCACUUUUUAUUUCCUCCUUCAUUCUUUACACAGUAGUUUUUAGAUAUAAAUUAUUUUAACAUUUUUGUGUGAAAAGUCAUAUAUACAUAUAUAAAGUUAUUAAAAGGUUGAGUAUAUGUUGAGUAUAAAAUAGUGACGACUUUGUUUCAGAUGUAAGCAGCCCCUAAAAAUGAGUUGUUUAUCCUCUUGUAAAGUCAGUGCUGUAAAAAAUAAAUAAAUAAAAGCUGUAUUAGAUGUA